AUGGAAGCAAAUUCUGGUGCAGCAUCUCCACAUAUCCUGCCCUCAUUGUCUCUCCGGAAGCGGAAGAGACAGUCAGCAGUCACACCAGAAAAUCCAUUUUUGCUUAGUCCAGCACAAUCAUACCGUGGUGAAGACGGUUUGGGUAUCAGCAGAAGAGAUAUGAAGGACAUGAUUGCUCUAUUCCAACAGAGACACGUGCCGUACAUUGCAGUCUUCAGAGCUCAAGAAUUCCAAGAUCUGGACUAUAUCAUAGACCACGAACCUAGAUUCGCCUAUGCGAUGUGCUAUGUCACCGCACGAUAUCUCCCGGGUGGCAAAGAGAUUCGGGAGGCUCUCCUACCAGAAGUUUCUCUCAUUCCAAAAGACGUAUAUACCGCAAAGGUUGGAGUUCAUCAUGAUGACGAUAUGUGUCUUCUCAAGGCUUUGACGGUUUUGUAUGCCUAUGCUGAUCUUACCCCACCAUCCCAAGCAGCACGCCCAAGUGGCAAAGAAAAUCUGCUGUAUUGGUCGCUCAAGUCCGCUGCUGAGAUGUAUGCCUUUCGAUUGUCGUUGCAUCGUUCAAUCCAGGAACUCAAGCUUGACAUGGCAGCAAAUUCAGGCAACAUCUAUACUACGAAAAGUUUUCAGCGUUACACAUAUUGGUUAUUCCUCUACAGCAUGAGCCAUUACUGCUCCCUUGUCACUGGCACUCCCCCAACAAUGCGAGUCGACCUUUCGAUUCGAGCGAUAUCUGGAUUACUUGACCAACUUGGCAGAUAUCCCGAGUACCCAACGAAUCUUUUUGGAGCUGUGGAGAUAUACCUCAUAUGGGAACAAACGUCAACAGCUCAUCCACAACUAGGAGAGUGGUGGUGCUUACCCGAUCCGACAGAGCGAGCCAAUGAAGACUUAACAGAAUCGUUGUUGAAUGAAGCAGACAGGGCAAUUGAUGAAUGGUAUGCCAAAUGGUGGCCGUACAUGUCAUCCGAACCUCGUGGGUCAUUCCUCGAUUACCACGGUCGCUUCACACGCUUUUGCCUCGCCAGCUAUGCUAUAAAGUGUCUCAGGAUCUCAUCGGAAGGUCUCACCCAAUUACAGCGAAGCCAAUUGCAAAGAUGUGUAUCUUGCGCAAACCAUGUCCUCGAAUUUCCCCUUACCCGAGGGACUAUUGAGAAAGACAACCUGCGAUACGUGGAUGAUGCUGCCUGUAUCAUCGUGUCCUUUUGUUGCGUCUUUCUCCUCUCAGCCUGCCAGGCUUUUCCAUCGGAACUUGUUAAUGUUUCUGAAUGUUUGGAGAACGUCACUGAUGCUGCUAAUCUUAUGGUCGAGUUAGCGAUCAAUCAGGAUCACAAACCUCACUACCAGGGAAGUUUCCUAUUGAAGCGUGUAGAGACUUUGAAGGCAGCUUUGGAAAUGUCAAGAUUGCAUGAGCAGCAUGAGCCAAAUGUCACAGACAAUUCAGACGUAAGACUCUCACCCGCCGCUACGGGAGAGAACUCGAAGUUACUAUUGGAAGGGUUCGAUCAGCUUUUCCAUGAAGAUGGUCUCUUUGGGCUCGAGCCGAUCUGGGACUUUUCGAUGCUCUUUCCUGGAACAUGA